GGUAAACCGUGUGAAGACAAAGAUGGUGACAAAUGCGCUUACGUAAAUUGUGUAACAGCGAAAUGGGCCAAAAAUAGAGGGAAAGAGGACCCCGGGCAAAUGUUCAAAGAUGCUCCAUGGCUUCUGACAGGAGUCCUAGAUGGCAUGAGUAAAAAUCAGAAUGAUGUUUCUCACCACUGUACCAACAGCACUUGGGGCAAUGAUGCCCAUGGCGUCGCUAACAAGACCGCCUGCAAGCUCGUUGCAGGCGGUUUACAGUAUAUAUCGAAAAUUCAGGAUACAUAUGACAGGAAUAACGAUCAAAAUCCCUAUGAUAAUCAAGAGUACAGGCAACUCGGUUACUGUUUAGCGUUAAAAGCUGUCGUACAGAGAAUGAAAGAACAGAGCCCCAUUUGCGACAUAAGCGAAGGGAUUAAGGCCGCAACGCAAGCGUGGGACAACAUUAAAAUAAAUUGCACAAAGGAACCUUGCAUUCAGUGCAAACUGGAUGACUAUGAACAAAUUAAUGAUUGCACGUUCGGCAAAAACAAAAGUCACAGAGUACAGGACAAACUGGAUGAAUUGCUUAAACAUGGGGACCACGGAACCAAGGUCAAUAGCACCCUCACCCCAAUAACUACAACAGAAGGGAAUGCCGGUCCCUCUUUGUGCAAAAGAUUACAGUGUUUAUCAGCAAAAGUAGAAGCACUUAAAACACAACAACCCAACAAGAACAAUGCGCAAACAUUUUGGGAGAAGAAUGGUGAAGUUGGCAAACUGUGGACAGAACUGUCCACAGCAAUGAUGCAUCAGAAUGGCAGAAAUGGGCAGACAGAAUGUAAUACAUUGGACAAUCCGUCUGACAGGGCGGCAUGCAAUUUUUUGCAUGCCGGCUUGGAUCAAUUGUACGAUGCGACGGCGCCGCCGGCGUCGUCGUCCUCAGUUUUAGACAACCCAUCGUUAAGACAAACGAUGGGCUGUUUUUUACUUCACGCUUAUGCAAAAUAUAUGAAAGGAAAGGCAAUUUGUGAUAUUGAAAAGGGAAUAAGCAAAGCAUUCGAACUGGGAAAGAAACUCAGUAGUGAUACUACUAAUUGCAAUGGUAGUGCCAAAGGCAGGGGACCUUGUGUCCCGUGCCAAUGGCAAGAAAGCGACUAUGACAAAUGCCAAAUUAACAUAAACAGCAGUACAACCCCAACGAAGACUGCAAAGGACAAAGUGAAAGAAAUGGUCGAAGGCACUGACCCAGACACUAACUCCAUCAUAGACGGGAUAAAUAAAAUGAAGGUUUUAUGUGAGCACAUGGAAUGUAUAGCAUCCCACUUAAAUUCCACAAACGGAAAACCAUCGAAUCCCACAACGCAAAACUUCUGGGCCGAAGGUGGCGAUGUGGAACUACUGUGGAAAGAUCUGUCCAACGCCAUGACGAAUAAUGGAAGUGGAGGCACGGAAUGUGAUAAUAUGGAUGAUAAUGGUGGCAGAAAACCCACCAACCCUGAAAAAAAGGCAUGCCAAUAUCUUACAGCAGGUUUCAAAAAACUAAAGGAACUUACAUCGACUGGAGCGACUAAAAUCAAUACCGACAAAAUCCUGGAUAAGGACCCAUCGUUGAAACGAGCGAUGGGUUGUUUUUUACUUCACGCCUAUGCGAAGAAAAUGAAAGGCGAGGCGAAGUGUGAAAUAGAAGCAGGAAUAGAAAAAGCUUUCAAGAAUGCAGGCAGUUGCAAUGGUGUUGCUUCCAGUCGCACGGGACCCUGUGUCCCUUGCCAAUGGGAUGAAGGCAUCCUGAACACUUGCAAAAUUACCACAAAUGGUACCUCGAAGGAGGUAGAAAAUAAGUUAAAUGAAGUUCAGGACAAAAUUACCGAAACCGUAACUCACACCAAGGAGAACAUAAACAAAACAGAGUCUUUAUGUGAGAAACUCCAAUGUGCCGCAGCUAAGUGGUUCAAAAACAACUCAACGACGUCGAACGGAAUUACUACUCCAACAAAGAAUUGGUGUGACUUUUGGGAGAAGGAAGGCAUCAAGCCCGAACUGAAUUCGAUGUUCGGGAAAAUCGAGUCCGCAGGAAAGGAAACUAAUGCUGUAUGCGAAGCAUUUGGGGAUAAUAAUCCUGAGAGUGUCGAAAGAAAAGCUUGUAAUCACAUCGCAGCAGGAUUACAACACAUUAAGGAGAUUCCAAAUGAUAGUGGUGGUAUUCCUAAUGACCAACUGCUUCAACAAGCAGUUGGUUGUAUUGCUCUUAACAUGUACGCUGAUAAAAUAAUCGAACUGACUAAAACAAAUUGUCCCAUUGAUGAAUCUAAAAUAAAAGAAAUGUUCAAUAAAUGGAAUAAAGAAAAUAAUAAUUCUUCGUGUCCGACCUCUGGUAGUGGUGGUGGUGCUAACACUAAGGAUUGUUUUGUUUGUGAUAGGGUAAAAAACUCUGACUUUAGUACUUGCAAACUAAGUGUUUCCAACACUUUGAUUAAAACAUCACCCCAAGAUGGAAGCUGCCCUCUUAACAACAACGACAGAGAAAAUGUCAAAACUGAAUUAAACAAAUUCCUUAAGGACGACGACAAAUCCAAAUCCAUCUCCCAAGUGAAGGAGACAUUAUCCGAAAUCAAUAAAAUGGGCACCUUCUGUUCUGAACUCCAAUGCGCAGCAAGGAAAUGGAACUCGGCCAAAGGCAAAACUGGAACACCAUCAUGGGCUGAAAUAAACAAAGUUGUUGAGAGCGAAUUAACAAACCUCCUAAAAAAUAUUACGAAUCAUGAGAAUUGGAAACAAAAUGAAUUUGACAAAUACUGCAAUGACGUCGGUUCGUCGUCGACCGACACAAAAGGAGAAAUAACUGCAAAGCAAAAAGCUUGUAAGCUUUUUGCUUCAGGUUUAGACCAUAUUUCUAAACUUAAGGACAACAACGGUGAUGGACCACUUAAACAAACUAUGAUGUGCGCAGCACUUAAUCUUUAUGCUGAUCAAUUAAUAAACAAAGCAACGGAUCAAUGUCCCUUAGAUAAUGAAAAAUUGAAAGACGCAAUAGAACACGCCUUUAAGAAUAGUAAUGCCACUAAGAAUAGUGGAAAUUCAUGCACCACUCAGGGUCCUAAUUUUUGUUUUGAAUGCAAGAGGCAAGACAGUAGCACUUUUGGUAACUGUCAAAUUGGCAAAAAUCAGAAUGACAAAGUAAAGCCUAAAUUGGAUUCAUUGCUCGAAAAAAACGACGAAACCAACCCCAACAACAAGGAAAAAACACUUGAUAAAAUAAAUGAAAUAAAAACUUUUUGUACUCAAGUCCAAUGUGCAAUCAAGCAACACUACCGAGCCAAAAAUGGACAAACACUUCCAAAUGGAAUAGAACCAUCUUGGGAAAACAUCGAAGAAGACGCCACGAAUGAAUUAACUGAACUUAUAAAACAUAUGACGAAGGAACAGACUGAAGGGGACCUUGCCAAAUAUUGCAAUAACGACGCUAAAUGGUAUAAACUUGGCCAUAAAGAAAGCAAAACAAAUAAAGCAGCUUGUUUACUUUUUGCUGCAGGACUGCAGCACAUUUAUACUCAUGAUAAUGGCCGUGUUAACGCCCGUGUUGACGGCCGUGUUAAUGGCCCAUCGUUUGGACAAACGAUGGGUUGUUUAUUUCUUAAAGAAUACGCAAAACAAUUGAAAAAAAUGGCAGAAGAGAAGAGAAAAGGAAAUAGUUGGGUACAUCCCCAUUGUAGCAUAAAGGAGGGCAUAGAAUAUGCUUUUGGCAAAAGUAAUGCCAUUAUGAAUGCACCAUCCCAAUGCGACAAGAAUGGUCCUAAUUCUUGUUUUGAAUGCAAAUGGGACGAAAACGAUUAUGAUAAUUGCUCCAUUGGCUCUGAGAAAGUACAGGAAAAAGUGAAACCAAUGUUCGAAGACGAUCUAACGAAACAAACCCAUUUGCAACAAACAUUAGAGAAUACAGUCUGUCCCAUCCUUCUUACGGAUCUCCUUACCCCUUUUCUUCCUUUGGCUCCUGUCUCUAUUGGCCUUUCUGCUAUGGCUUAUUACCUUUGGAAGUAUUUUGGUCCUCUUGGUAAAGGAGGACCACGUUUCCGAAGAUCUCCUGCUGAAAUUCCUGGUCCAUCAGUACAGGAACAAGUCCUCGAUCAUGUGGAAGAAGCUGGUCCACAUGAAUAUCGAUUGGUGAAGGAACGAAAACCUCGUUCUGCUCCAACGAGAACGAAACGUUCUGGUCCCGUGAAUCGUCGCACGAUUAUUGAAAUUCAUUUUGAAGUGUUGGACGAAUGUCAAAAAGGGGACACACAAUUGAACCAGAAGGAUUUUAUGGAACUUUUGGUUCAAGAGUUCAUGGGAUCGGAAUUUAUGGAAGAAGAACAUGUUCCUAUGGAAGAAGUUCUUAUGGAAGGUGUUCCUUUGGAACAAGUUCCCGUUGAAGAGGUUCCAAUGGAACGUGUCCCACAUUUAGGUUCCGGGUUUAUGGUUUAG